AUGUCAGUUAGGGAUAAGUGGGUUCGCCGGUUUUCGAUAGACGAGACCGCAAAACACAAAAAUGGAUUUACGAUUUACAAAAUAACAUCUGUUCUCUUCCCUCUGGGGUCACCAGAAGCAGUCACUGUAGUUUCAGUAUGGAAAAGAUAUAGUGAUGUUCAACAAUUGCAUAAAUCCAUGAAAUCUUUGCACGCUGGGUUACAUCUUCGAGGAACCUUCCCCACAUUAGCUAAAAGUAGUUAUUUUAAAAGGUUUCAUCAAGAGGUUAUAGAUGAGAGAGCAAGGACGAUAAAAAUCUUGCUGGAGUUUAUUGCUGAACAUAGACUUCUAUUUGCAAGUACUGAUUUUGUAAACUUUUUACAGACUGGCUACCCAGAACCAGAAACAAAAGCAACAGGCGUUAUAAACACAAUACGGUCCUCUCUACAUUUACCUAUAGAGGAGACUCCGCCCCUGGAGUAUCAAACUUCAGAUGAUGAAGCCAGAAGUCCGAGUGUACAAAUAACAACUACCGAACACGCAGUCCCGAGCACCUCAAACGUACCAACAGAAAUCGACGUGUCACAAAUACCCAUAUACGAAGCGGCAGACGUUGAAAUACGGGAAUCCCCGAAAACCAGCCAAAAACUAUCGGAUUCCAAUAGUUUCGAAUCCAUAAACUCUAUAGACAGUUUAGACAGUGAUCUCUACGACGAACUGUCCAAAGUGACCAUAGACAAAACAUUUCCGAGUGUCAAAAAGAAUGUGUUGCCAGAUUUAAUCAAUUUUGACGUACCAUCGACAUCUAAAUUUGAGGAUUACCACACUAUGCCAAAUACAACAGAUUCAGACAACGUGUCGCUCGCCUCUACUGUCUAUGACUCGAGUUACAAUGAAGACAGAGGUUCCCGGAUGUCUCUGUAUAGCAAGAGGAGUGCUCUAUCUCUCUCUAACGCGGAGAGUAAGACAAGGACGGACGAUAGUUAUGCUCUGUCUCUAUCUAACGUGGAGAGCAAGACAAGGACGGAAGAUAGUUACGUAUUCGAAGCGGGCUAUAUGUUGAAUUUAGCCGCUAGGUGCGAAGACAUGGGCGACUAUCAGAGAGCGUUCGAAUGUUACAAAUCUGGUAUUGAGAAAAUGUUGAUCGGUGUUCAAACGGACCCGGACCCGCAGAGACGCGCGCUCGUGAAGGAGAAGACCAACAAGUACCUCUCGUACGCGGAGGCGAUCUACAGCAGCCGUCUGUGCGGCGCCGACCAGAGCUUAUUACCAGAAAGAGAUAGCGCGUGUCGCCUGCAAGGCAUUCCUCUGUCGAUGCUGCAGCGGCCGUACGAGGAGCUGGCGCAGUACCGCGUGCUGUCCGUGCUCGGCGGCGCCAUGCUGGUGCUGCGCGCGGGGGACCAGGCCUGCUACGCUAUGAAGGUAGUACAAAAAAUCCCUAACAAUCUAACAGAGUUCGACGAUUAUUUCCAACAAAGAAAUAAUGAGACUCGACAAGUGAUCCUACCGACGGUUAUUCCGUACAUGGUGCCGCUACACGCCUACGUCGAAACUAACAACUUAAUAUUCCUUAUACUUGCCUACGCUCCGGGAGAAAAACUGUUCGAUUACAUCAAAAAUUACGCAAAAUCGAUACCGAACACUCCAGCGAGAGAGCUAAAUCUAGAAAACGUAUUCGCUGAACCAAAGAAAAAGGAUAUCGAUAUCCAAAACGAUAAUAUUGAUGUUACAGACUCGAUUGCACCUAGAAUAGAUAAACAAUCGAAUAUAAAAAAUACUAAGCCCAACAUCAAUAUAACAGACAAUUCUAAAAAAGAUACAGAUGAUGUGAAUGAAAAUGAAAUAAAGACUGAUAGUUUGGAUAAUAGUGAUGUAUCGGUUAAUCAAUUAGUUAUAAAUUCGCAGAAAUUGCUAAUGAAUGUAGAUAAAGCGUUAACCGAUGUUCCACAAAUUAGUCAAGUGAAAGAUCAUAUUAGUACUGCAAAAGAAGAUAGAGAGAGAGAAAAGCAAAGAGAUACUGCCAAAAGUGAUAGAUGUGAAACACCAAACUAUGCUACUUCGGAGCUGAGGCAGAGGUCGGUGCUGCCGCCGGCCGCGGUGUGCCGCUGGGGCGCGCAGCUGCUCACCGCGCUCGAGGGCCUGCACCGCUGCGGCGUCGUGUGCAGGGACCUGCACCCCGGCAACAUCCUGCUGGGCGCGCGCGGGCAGCUGCUGCUCACGUACACGCCGGGCCUGGACGCGCACGCGGCGCGCGCGCGGCUGUGGGCGGGCGGGCGCGGGCGCGGGGGCGGGCGGGCGGCGCACGUGGCGCCCGAGCUGUGGGCGGGCGCGGCGGGCGCGGCGGCGGCGGGCGCCGGCUGCGACUACUGGAGCUUCGGCGCUAUCAUUGUAGAAAUAAAGUCGAGCUCCCCCGUGCCGCAGCCGCUGUCGCGCGCGCUGCCGCCGCCGCCGUCGCGCGCGCCGCCGCGGCUGCCGGCCGCGCUGCCGGUGGAGGCGCGCUCCCUGCUCACACAGCUUUUAACGUACGAGCCAUCGGAAAGGCUCGGCUGCGGGAAGGACGGAAUAGAAGAAAUCAAACGGCACCCGUACUUCAAGCACAUAGAUUGGGACGAAGUCCGGGACGCCUGGUGUCGUGGAUUAUUGGAUUCCAGCAGACAGAUCCAAAACAUACAGACGGAUAAACUAGUGGUGAAAAUCAGUACAACAAAAAUGUCG